AUGUCGUCCGCAUCUUCUUCCGUCCUCAUCGUCGGCGCCGGCGUCUUCGGACUAAGCCUCGCCCACGAACUCGCUGCCAACAGGGGAUACACCUCGAUCACGGUCUUAGACCGCUUCCUGCCGCCCGUCCCGGACGGCAGCUCCGUCGACGUCUCGCGCAUCAUCCGCACAGAGUACGCCGACCCGCUCUACUCGUCCCUGGCGACGGACGCCCUGCAGGGGUGGCGGACUUCGGGGGUGUACAAGCCGCACUACCACGAGUCCGGGUUCGUCAUGAUGGCCGACGAGAAGGAGCGCCCGAGCCCGUACUUUGAAAAGUAUCGCCGGUGGCGGGGCGAGGCGGCGGAAGGGGGCGGACCUGCGGGCGUUCACGGCCACGCACAACGCGCCGGCGGGUGGGCGGACGCUGCGGGGGCGAUCCGCGCGCUGGCCAGCGAGUGCACGCGCGCGGGGGUCUCGUUCGUGACGGGCGCCCAGGGGACUGUCGUGUCCCUGCAGCGAUCCGGGGCCCGCGUGACUGGUGUGCGGACGGCGGCGGGGACGACGUGGGAGGCGGAGAGGGUGGUGCUCGCGAUGGGGGCGUGGACAAACCGGGUUGUCCCCGGUGUGGGUCACGCCGUUGCGGCGUCGGGGCAGCCGGUCGGGUUCAUCCGGCUGUCGGACGAGGAGGCAGACCGGGUGCGGGAGAUGCCGGUCAUGAUAAAUAUGAGCACGGGGGUCUUCUGCUUCCCGCCGACGCCGGGGACGAACUUGCUCAAGGUCGCGAGGCACGGGUUCGGGUACGCGACCGAGUUCGAGGCUGAGGCGGGCAGGAAGGUGUCGAGCCCGAGGCUAGUCGGGAGCAACGCCGCGUCCGAGUUCCUGCCGCGGGACGCGGACGAGGGGCUGCGGGAGGGCGUGAGGCUGUUCUUCCCCGAGUUCGCGGAGCGGGAGUGGGCGUACAGGCGGCUGUGCUGGUAUACCGACACGCCCGAGGGGGAUUUUGUCGUCGACUACCAUCCCGAUAUCAAGGGUUUGUUCUUCGCAACCGGCGGUGCUGGGCACGCGUUCAAGUUCCUCCCGGUCAUCGGCUCGCACGUCGCGGAUAGCUUCGAGCGCAAGGCGUCGACGGCGUUGCGGGAGAAGUGGAGGAUGAGGAGGGCCGUCGACGGGGAGACGACGUUGAGGAUGGCCGGGGACGGGAGCCGGGGCGGGCCGCCGCUGCGGAAGCUCUCGCCGCAGGAGCAGGCAAAGCUGUGA